AUGUUCCCCUCCCUCAACUCAAUCAAGAAGCCGAAGAAGAGUUUCAAUCUGCUGCAUCUUGAGACACAAGAGUAAUAUUUCCUCUCCCUCAAAGUGGCACUAAUACCCAGUACAAGAAGUGAUGAAAUUCGAGGCAAUUUGCAUCUAUGUUCUCGUUCCUUGGUUUUCGAGCCCAAAUCCUCGUAGUUGCCCCUCAUGAAAAUGAAGUACAGCAAUGGACUCUUUAUGAAAGUCCUCAAAAAUUUCGAACCCAAAUCACUUGGUCAUCUGCUCAGUAUUCGUUGGGGUCAUCAAUUAAUGCAGGAGGAGAUCGAUCAACUCGAUUUAGCAUCAGUCUUGAACUAAUAGAAGGGAGAAUAAAAAUCGAAUGAACUCUUAGAAAAGCUUUACAAUAGAUAACGCAAGAACAUCAUAUAAUUAGCAUGCAACUGCUUCUUCAUCAAGGUCGAUAAACUCUUUAUCGUCAAUCGCAAUCCCAUCAGUCCCUACAUCACCGAAACUUGCGAUGACAACAUUGUGUUCACCAUAUCCAAAUCUAAUUCUAAGCAGACCCUCAUUCGAUUUCUUAAAUUAUACCAAGGAAUUAAUCAAGCCGAGGACGAGUUCACCUUCAUCAAUCAAACAAUCCAACAAACCUUAAAUGACAGUCUACUUGAACAUAAACAAAAUGUAGGAUCUGAAGGCCACAAAAUAGAAUUUAUUCAUAAAGCCAGACUCAUUAAACCUGAAGGAGUGAUCUUUGGGUUGUUUAGCAUUCAAAAAGAAGAGAUACUCCAAUUCAUUCCAUUAAUCAAUUCACCCAAAGGCAAAAUCAUGUAAUUCAUGUUCACUGACAUCAAAUACUUCAUCAAAUACAGAUAUAUGUUCAAAAACAACGGAAUCGAAUUCUGGAUGUACAACAAAAAGAGAUCCUAUCUCUUUGUCUUUGAUGACCAAAACACCUAAGAAUCUGUCUUUAAAUACUUCCAGAAGAAGGCAACAAAACGUUGUCUAACCGCUUUGACCAAAGAAAAAGUAGCUGAAGAAUGGACAAGUGGUAAUAUGACUAAUUUUGAUUAUUUGAUGGCCUUGAAUACUCUGGCCAACAGAAGCUUUAACGAUCUCUCCGCCUACCCUGUAUUCCCAUGGAUCAUUGCUGAAUAUAAUGAGAAAGAAUUCAGUGUCAACUCCCCGGCAUUUUUCAGAGAUCUAUCUAAACCCAUGGGGGCCCUCAAUAAACAUAGACUCUAAAAAUAUAAAGCAUUCUAUAAAGAUCAAUUAAAAGAUAAGAAAUAGGAUCCUAAACCUUAUUUAUACCCCACUCAUUAUUCCAGUCCUGGAACAGUCGUCUAUUAUAUGAUCAGGAAAAUUCCGGAAUUCGUUAUUAAAUUAUAAAAUGGUGUCUUCGGACCAACAGACAGAAUAUUCAGAGGCAUUGAUUCCACUUGGUUUACUACUCUCAAUCUUCAUGCUGAUUCCAAAGAACUCAUACCAGAGUAUUUAACCACUUUAUACAUUAGAUUCUACGGAUUAGAUAGUGACUUUCUAGUUAAUUGUGAUAAAUUAGAAUUGGGCAUAACCUAAGAUGGAGAAGUGAUUGAUGAUGCAGUCAUACCAGCUUGGGCUGACAAUGCAGUAGAUUUCUUAGCCAAAAUGAGGAUUGCUUUGGAAAGUCCAUAUGUUUAGGCUAACCUACCUCAAUGGAUUGAUUUGAUUUUUGGAAAUAAAUCCUCUGGAAACGAAGCACUUUUAAAUGACAACUUAUUCUACCCUUACACUUAUGCAGAAAAUGUCAAUUGGGAUAAAUGCAAAACUGAUAUUGAAAGGCAAGCUCUAGAAAUCUAAGUUACUGAAUUUGGUCAAGUACCCUUACAAUUAUUCUAAACAGCACAUCCUUAAAGGAAGUUGAAAAUUCAAGGAAAUUUGAAAUAAUUAGAAGAUGAAAAGAGGGAACUCAAAUUAAUAAAUUAGAAUUUAUAAAAUAAAAUUCAAAAAUUAACCCAGUAGAUCUAAUAAAGUUAAGAUAAAGAAUUAGUUACAUAACUGCAAACUCAAUUGGCUGCACUUUAAUGGGAAAACGAGAAACUCAAAUUCAAUCUUGAAACCUUUAAAUAAGAAGUGAUGGCAAGCAAAGAAGUUAUACAAACAUUUAAUUCACAAUUUGAUUAGGAAGAAUUUGAUAAAAAUGGUUUCGACUUUUUAAAUGACGAUAGCCUCUUGGACAGUUCAAAAAAAGCCAAUUAAUGA